GUGCAUCGCUCGCGCGUGAGCAGAGAGUGCUUUUAGCCGCUGGUCCGCGCUUCGAGGAUCAGCUUGUGAAACCGAGUCUAGAGGAGUUAGUCACAGCAGCCAUGAGGCGGACUAAAGCGGACGUGGAGCGCUAUAUCUCUUCCGUCCAGAGCGCCUCUCCCUCGCAGAAAGCGAGGCCAGUCAAAGGAUUUCUCUUUGCUAAACUCUACUUUGAGGCUAAGGAGUAUGAGCUGGCUAAAAGACAUGUUUCGGAGUAUCUGACUGUCCAGCCGAAGGAUCCUAAAGCGCACAAGUUCCUCGGGCAGCUGUUUGAGCGUAACGGCGAAACAGACAAAGCUGUAGGAUGUUACAAGCGCUCGGUGGAUCUGAAUCCGGCUCAGCACGAUCUGGUCCUGAAGGUGGCCGAGCUGCUGUGCAGUAAACCCGAGCACGACAGCCGAGCCGAGUUCUGGGUGGAGAAAGCGGCCAGGCUUCUGCCGGGACACCCGGCUGUCUUCAAUCUGAGGGAGAAGCUUCUGAGCGCUCAGAGCGGCUCAAACCAGCUGUACGAGCUGCUGCAGUCGGAGCUCAAGCUGCGGCCCGCAGACACCUACAUCAACCAGAAGCUGGUGCAGCUCUACAGCGCCGAGGGCCGGCUCGAGGACGCCGUCAAACACUGCCUCGCCGUGGAGAGAGCUGGCGUCCUGAGACACUGUCUGGAGUGGUACCAGCUGCUGCUCCGCACCCUACAGGAGUUCCUCUGCCAGCCGAGCGUGUCGUCGAACGUACAGGCGUCACGCAAGUUUAACAAAGAGCUGCUGCUGGCGCAUUGCAGCCGUGUGAGACUGACGCUGGCGCUGAAGGGCUGUGAGGAGAGCACCGCUGCGCUCUGGAGUUUUGACUGUGCGAUGCAGGCUCUGAAGAACACAGCCACAAACACGGCGGACGAGCUGGCGGAGGUGUUCACGGAGAUGAGGGCGCACCUGUACCUGUACUCUGGGACGCUGCUGCUGAAGAGGGCACAGGAAGGGGCGCAGCAGUGGAGGGCUGUGCUGGAUCUGGCCGCUCUCUGUUAUCUCGUAUCCUAUCAGGCUCCGAGACCCAAAGCCAGGAGCUUCAAGAGCGAGCAGGUGUCCCAUGAGCCUCUGGAGCUGCUGGCCUGUGAUCGUCAGAGUCAGGCGGGUCACAUGCUGCUGAACCUGAGCCGGGACGUGGAGCAGCUGCUGAAGGACGUGGUGGAGGCCUUCGGGAACCGGAGUGGCACGGGCUGUCUGUUUGACCAACUGUUCGGCGCACAGACGCAGGAGCAGAACUCCUUCAUCUGCAGCGAUGACAUCCACGUCCUCAGCGUACAUGUGCCCAAAGCCGUGGAUCUGGCCAAGUGUGACAGCGGAGCGGUGCUGCUGCACGCGGGUGAUCUGCAGCAGCUAGCGUGGCUCGGUCUGCAGUGGGCGCUCAUGGGUCAAAGCGUGAGUCUGCAGGAUUGGCUGAAGCAGCUCUUCCCUCGCCUCACACUCGAGACCUCCAAACUGGACACCAACGCGCCGGAAUCCAUCUGCCUGCUGGACCUGGAGGUGUUCGUGUGCGGCGUGGUGUUCUGCAGUCAGGCGCAGCUGCAGGAGCGAGGAAAGAUGGCCUGCGCUCAGCCGCACGAGCCGCGCUGUCUGCCGCUGCACAUCAUGAAGCUGCUGUCGUCUGACGGACAGAGAGAGUGGUGGGAUGCUGUCUACAGCCUGAUUCACAAGAGAGCGCAGCCCGGGACGUCUGCUAAACUGCGUCUGCUCGUUCAGCAUGGUCUGGGCACGCUGCGCGCAGGAGAGAAACACGGCCUGCAGCCGGCGCUGCUCAUACACUGGGCUAAACAUCUGACUGACGCGACUGAGCGGGUGAACUCUUACUACGAUCAGAAGGAGUAUGCUAGCCGCAGUGUGCACUACUGGAGGGUUGUGCUCCCCCUGCUGGAGAAGGUCCGACACAAACGCAGCAUCCCUGAACCCCUGCAGCCCAUGUUCAUGCACUUUCAGAGCAGAGACAUACAGCCCUCUCAGGUGCGAGUGUAUGAGGAAGAUGCAGUCAUAAGCUUCGCCACACUCCUUGACAUCGAGGGCAACACUGAGGAGGCCAUCGAAAAGCUGGAGCAGCUCAACAGCAUCUCGUCUAACUGGCAUCUGGCGAAGAUUUAUCAGAGGCUGUCAGAGGAGGCAGGGAACGGGCUUGAGGAAACUCAGGGCAAGUGCACCAGCUUCCUCCUGAAGUUCAGGAAAUACUUGGCCAAGAUUUAUCAGGCCAAUGCAGAGGAUUUGGAGAAGUUACCUGUAUCUAUGGAGGAGGUGAUGGAUUUGUUGAAUGAAGUCAACCAGCAGCUUGAAGAUGUUGGUGAGGUGGAUGAAGAUCAGGUGGACUAUCCUGUGACAUCCAGCCCCAGUCAGCCCGCUGAAGGCCAUGUUAAAUUCUCCACUCCUUCCCCAUCCAAGAGUGUCACGUCACCGUCCAAAAGAUCUGUGUUCUCCCCCAAAACGCCUCCUCACUGGGUGGAGGACCAGAAGUCACUGCUGCAGAUGUUAUGCCAACAGGUCGAGGCCUUGAAGAAUGAGGUUCAUGACCUGCGUCAUAACUCUUCAGAUGCCGCAGCAUCCUCAUAUAGGAUGUAUCGAGACAACUAUGAUGCAGAAGGACUUCAGGAAACGUUUCCUGCAGCGCAGACAUUCCACGGUGUUCCUCUCACUGUUGCUACUACAGGUCCCUCUGUGUACUACAACCAGUCUCCAGCAUAUAAUUCACAGUAUCUUCUGCGCACCGCUGCAAAUGUCACACCAACAAAGGGCCCAGUAUAUGGGAUGAAUCGUCUUCCUCCUCAGCAACAUAUGUAUGCCUACCAACAAUCAACACACACCCCACCUCUCCAGUCAACACCCGCAUGCAUGUAUCCUCAAGAGCAAGUCUUCGGUCCUCCCAUCCGGUUUGAGUCACCAGCUACAUCCUUACUCUCCCCAUACAGUGAGGAGUAUUAUGGUCAUAAUGUUCCUCAGCCCACAGUCAAUCCAACAUUGCCAGAGCCUGGAUAUUUCACUAAGCCAUGUGCUGUUACAUCCACACAGCCAUCCAGGAGCACUGAAAGCAAGGCUGUCGACCCCAAGAUGAGUUUUGGGCCGCAGUUCACAGGUGAACCUGCUAAGGUUCCCAACUUUGGAGGAGUAGCUGCUGUGCCAACAACAACAGCAUCAACUGCGUUCAAGUUCAAAUCCAAUUUCAAGUCCAAUGAUGGCGAUUUCACCUUCUCCUCUGCUCAGGGGAAAAAUAGUGAAAGCCUCUUGGGACUUCUGACAUCAGAUAUUCCUCCCAAAGUGGAGGUGCCGUCAGAAACAAAACAUCAGACCCAAGACCAGCUGCCUAGCCAGAGCGGAGUCUUUACCUUUGGAAGUAAAAGUGCAGCAGGAUUUUCAUUCACUGAUGGUGCUCAGAGCAAGAUGAGUAUUUUUGGCAACAGCGACCAAAGAUUUAGCUUUACAAGUGGAACCAAGCCAACAUUAGGGAAUUCAGAGCCUCGGGAAGAGAAAAGUGGGGCGAGUGACAAUGAUAGCACCCAUGUAGAAGAAGAUGUUAAAUUUGAGGAGGCUCAAAAAUUCCUUUCGGAAUCCCCACAAGGCCAACUGGCUGAAAAGGAAAGCGAAAUUCCACAGCCUCAGGUUUCAUCCAAAGAAGUGGAUCUCAAAACCCUGUUUUCCAAGAAGGCGGGUGAAUGGGACUGUGACAUGUGCUGUGUAAGAAACGCUCCCACGUCUGCGGUAUGCGUGGCCUGCAGCAGUGCAGCUCCUUCUACAGCACAGGUCAAACCUGUAGAGGAACCCAAAGGCUCUGGCCCUGCCGCUCCUCCUGCCAAAUUGUUUUCUUUUGGACUUUCUGGAGAUUCUGCUAAGAACAACUCCAGCACUGAUGUCAGCUCAAAGGGCUUCAUUUUUGGAUCUCAAAUACCAGUUUCUUUUAAGUUUGGAUCGAAGGAUGCUGCCGCCACAUCUGCUGACUUUGGAGCUCAGGCUGAGAAGAAAACAAUUCAGUCUGAUGCACCACAACAAGAGAAAGUGUCAGCAGGUCCAGCAGUCCCAUUUGGCACUGGAUUUGGUGCUCAGUUUGCCAAUGGAUCGAAGGAUGCUGCCGUCACAUCUGCUGACUUUGUAGCUCAGGCUGAGAAGAAAACAAUUCAGUCUGAUGCACCACAACAAGAGAAAGUGUCAGCAGGUCCAGCAGUCCCAUUUGGCACUGGAUUUGGUGCUCAGUUUACCAAGAAAGAGGGUCAGUGGGACUGUGACUCCUGCCUAGUGAGGAAUGAUGCCUCAGCAACUGAAUGUGUUUCUUGCCAAGCCCCCUGCCGCACUGAAAAAAGUAAAGCAACAUCACAAGGUGGGCUAGCUGCCAUGUUUGGUAAAAAAGAUGGACAGUGGGAUUGUGAGACUUGCCUGGUAAGAAACGAAGGUUCAUCCAGCCAUUGUGUUUCAUGUCAGACAGCAAACCCAAAUAUGAAAAACAAGACCUCUGCUGCACCAUCAAGUUCCUCUUUUUCCUUCAGUUUUGGUAGUUCUAGCAGCCAACCUGCUGCGACAGGAUUUAAAGCCAAUUUCAAUCCAGGCCCUGCUUUUCAGUUUGGCACAAGUCAGGAUAAAGCAUCCUCAGAAGGCUUCAAGUUUGAGUCCUCCACAACUGAGGCUGAAAAGUCAUCAGGCAGUUCCAGUUUUUCGUUUUCCAUGUCGGCGCCUGCUGGUGGAUUUAAGUUUGGCAUUGCAGAAUCUGAGGCAAAACCAUCAGAUGAACAGUCCCAAAAUGGGUCUGCAUCUGACCUCCUCAAAAAUAUUGCUGAGCUUCACAAAGAGAAAGAGAAAGAAAAAGAGGCAGCCCUAAGUACCUCAGAACAGUCUGUAGAUGCUGAUAGUCAUGAUAAUAAUCCCCUCUUUACUGAAAAGCCUAACACCUUUAGUUUCGCUGACUUGGCAAAGUCACAAGGCAGUUUUCAGUUUGGCCAGAAUGAUCCCGCUUUCAAAGGCUUUGCAGGGGCUGGCGAGCAGCUCUUUACAGGAGUUCAUUCCAGCUCCAAGGCCGACACCUCUGUCGAUCAAGAUGAUGAAAUGUACAAAACCGAGGAGAAUGACGAUAUUCAGUUUGAGCCCGUUGUUCAGAUGCCGGAGAAGGUCGACCUUGUUACAGGCGAAGAAGAUGAGAAAGUCUUGUAUUCACAGCGUGUCAAACUCUUCAGAUUUGAUACGGAAACAAACCAAUGGAAAGAAAGAGGAGUCGGCAACCUUAAACUGCUCAAGAAUAAUCAGAACGGGAGACUUCGAGUUCUUAUGAGGAGAGAGCAGGUGUUUAAAGUGUGUGCUAAUCAUUGGAUCACAACCACAAUGAACUUAAAGCCCCUCUCUGGCUCGGAUCGAGCCUGGAUGUGGAUGGCCAGUGACUUCUCAGAUGGAGAUGCCAAAUUAGAACAACUUGCGGCAAAAUUCAAAACACCUGAGCUUGCAGAAGAGUUCAAGCUUAAAUUCGAGGAGUGUCAACGACUGCUUUUGGAUAUUCCUUUGCAGACACCUCACAAGCUCGUGAACACUGGCAGAACGGCCCAGCUUAUAAAGCAAGCUGAAGAAAUGAAAUCUGGGCUUAAGGACCUCAAAUCAUUCUUGACUUGCCAAAACAAGGAUGACAAAAGUUGCGAUACAAGUCAUAGUACCUCUGCAAUUGUAGUUAAGCUCGACUCUGAGAGCACCGCACCCACUUUAGAAUGGGAUAAUUACGAUUUUCGUGAGGAAGUGCACGAGGACUAUGCCAGCUCCUCUGUGUGCAAUACUCCUUUGCAGCCUGAUCCAGUAGCUAAAAAUUUAUUCCGCUUUGGCGAAUCGUCCACAGGCUUCAGUUUCAGUUUUCAGCCUAUUCUCAGUUCCUCUAAGUCUCCAUCUAAGCUAAACCAGAGCCAGGCUUCUGUUGGCACAGAUGAUGAGCAAGAAGCGUCGCAGGAGGAAGAGCGAGAUGGUCAGUACUUUGAGCCUGUUGUGCCAUUGCCUGAUCUUGUUGAAGUCUCAACAGGAGAGGAGAACGAGCAAGUCCUUUUCAGUCACCGUGCCAAAUUAUACCGCUAUGAUAAAGAUCUCAGUCAGUGGAAGGAACGAGGUAUAGGAGACCUUAAAAUACUACAACACUAUGAAACAAAGCGCGUCAGACUCGUGAUGAGACGGGACCAGGUCCUCAAACUGUGUGCAAACCAUUGGAUUGCUUCCAAUAUCAAGCUCGAGCCCAUGAAAGGAGCCGAGAAAGCGUGGAUCUGGAGUGCCUUUGAUUUUGCUGAAGGGCAGGGCAAGGUGGAACAGCUGGCAGUUCGAUUUAAACUGCAGGAAACUGCAAGUGCUUUCAAAGAAAUCUUCGAAGAGGCGAGGACUGCACAGGAAAAAGACACUCUACUAACCCCAUUUUCUGCGAGAGUACCUGCCUCCACCCAGGAGACGCUUUGUGGCCAGGCUGCAGUUGCUGUACUUGAGGAAACCACAAAAGAACGUACCGGACUCUCUGAGGAAGGCAGUCCUAAACUGGAUCAGACACCUCAAAGCACCAAGAAUGUGGUCUCUCCUCCAAAGUUCGUCUUUGGGUCAGACUCUGUGCAGAAGAUCUUUGGAAGCCCUUCGCCAUCAAAAGAAAAAUCUCCGGUUGUGAUUCCCAGUUCAGAAGAUGAGGAAACGGGUGCCUCGAGACUGAAAACCUCUGGACCAGCAGUGACCAGCCAGUCAUCGGUUGGGACUCCUUUCAGCAUACCAACAAGAAUUUCCUCUCCGUCAGCGCAGAAGAGCAGCGCUCAGGACGUGUGUGAUGAUGAUAUCGAGAUCGUAUUUGAGCUUAAACCAACAAUAGAGCAAGCAAAGCUGGCUGCCAGUCUGAUGCUUCCUCCUACGUUCUUCUGUUACAAAAACCGUCCAGGAUACGUCAGCGACGAUGACGGCGAUGAUGAGGAUUUUGAGAGAGCAGUGAGGGAUCUGAAGGGUAAGCUGUAUGCGGAUGGAGCUGAUGGAGCGUCUGAUCACGUUUCCUCUCCGUCAGCGCAGAAGAGCAGCGCUCAGGACGUGUGUGAUGAUGAUAUCGAGAUCGUAUUUGAGCUUAAACCAACAAUAGAGCAAGCAAAGCUGGCUGCCAGUCUGAUGCUUCCUCCUACGUUCUUCUGUUACAAAAACCGUCCAGGAUACGUCAGCGACGAUGACGGCGAUGAUGAGGAUUUUGAGAGAGCAGUGAGGGAUCUGAAGGGUAAGCUGUAUGCGGAUGGAGCUGAUGGAGCGUCUGAUCACGACUCUGAGGUCAGUCUGGUGUGGGAGAAGCGGCCGACUGCAGACGAGGAGCAGCGAGCCAGACGCCUCCUGCUGCCUCCCACCUUCCUGUGCGGCGUCAGCAGUGACUCCGAGCCGGAGGCAGAGAAACCAGACGACUUCAGCACUGAGCUCCAGAAGCUGCAGCAGCAGGCGCAGGUGACGAGUGUUUCUGAUCUUCUCAUCGCUGUGAGUCCGGACUGCAGCACAGCACCAGCUCUGGACACACAGGUGAAGCCUAAGCCUUCCCAUGAUGCAGCAGACGAGGAGCAGCGAGCCAGACGCCUCCUGCUGCCUCCCACCUUCCUGUGCGGCGUCAGCAGUGACUCCGAGCCGGAGGCAGAGAAACCAGACGACUUCAGCACUGAGCUCCAGAAGCUGCAGCAGCAGGCGCAGGUGACGAGUGUUUCUGAUCUUCUCAUCGCUGUGAGUCCGGACUGCAGCACAGCACCAGCUCUGGACACACAGGUGAAGCCUAAGCCUUCCCAUGAUGCAGCAGACGAGGAGCAGCGAGCCAGACGCCUCCUGCUGCCUCCCACCUUCCUGUGCGGCAUCAGCAGCGACUCCGAGCCAGAGGCAGAGAAACCAGACGACUUAAGCACUGAGCUCCAGAAGCUGCAGCAGCAGGCGCAGGUGACGAGUGUUUCUGAUCUUCUCAUCGCUGUGAGUCCGGUCUGCAGCACAGCACCAGCUCUGGACACACAGGUGAAGCCUGAGCCUUCCCAUGAUGCAGCAGCUGUGGACACGAGCAGCGGCGGAGCAGAAGAGCGUCAGACUGACGGCAGCCGUCCCAUCGACCUCUCCACCAAGAGAAGCAGUGAGAGCGACUCCAGCACAGCUACAGGUCUGUCUUUUGGAUUCGCAUCUGCGGGUGGGUUUUCAUUUGAAGAACUCGCAAAGACUUCGGGUGAAUUUGCAUUUGGCAAAAAAGAUGAUCAUUUCUCAUGGUCAGGCGCAGGAGCCACAGUCUUUGGAAGUACAGGGACACAAAAGGAAGGAGAAAAAACAAGCCAUGAAGCAGAAGAGGAGGGCAGUGAUGAAGAGACGACUCGUAAUGAGGAGAUCCACUUUGAGCCGAUCGUGUCUCUGCCUGAGGUGGAGGUGAGGUCUGGUGAGGAGGACGAGGAGAUCCUGUUCAGAGAAAGAGCCAAACUGUACCGCUGGGACCGCAAGCUCAACCAGUGGAAGGAGCGCGGCGUGGGAGACCUCAAGAUCCUCUUCCACCCGCUGAAGAAGAGCUACCGCCUGCUGAUGAGACGCGAGCAGGUGCUCAGAGUCUGCGCCAACCACAGCAUCAGCCCGAGCAUCGAGCUCAAGCCCAUGAACACCUCGGCUAACUCUCUGGUGUGGACCGCCACCGACUACUCAGAGGGAGACGGGAAAGUGGAGCAGCUGGCGGCCAAGUUCAAGACUCCAGAGCUGGCGGAGUCCUUCACACGAGCCUUCACAGACUGCCAGAGCCGCAUGUGUCAGACUGACGCCGCUCAGACGUCUGCUGCCGAGGCGCUGUCUCGAGACUCCAACCCUGUGGUGUUCUUCGACAUCACCGUAGAUGACGAGCGUGCUGGGACAGUCGUCAUGGAGCUCUUCGCUCACCUCGUGCCCAGAACGGCGGAGAACUUCCGGGCUCUGUGUACGGGAGAGAUGGGCUUCGGUUACCGCCAGUCCGUCUUCCACAGGAUCAUCCCGGACUUCAUGUGUCAGGGCGGUGAUAUCACCAGCCAGGAUGGGACGGGAGGGAAGUCCAUCUACGGAGGGAAGUUUGAGGACGAGAGCUUCGAGGUGAGGCACACGGGGCCGGGGCUGCUGUCCAUGGCCAACCGCGGCAGAGACACCAACAACUCGCAGUUCUUCAUCACCCUCAAGAAAGCAGAGCACUUAGACUUCAAGCACGUGGCCUUCGGAUUCGUCAAAGACGGCAUGGAUGUGGUGAGGAGAAUCGGAGAGCUGGGCACGAAAGACGGGAAACCCACAGAAACCAUCACUAUCUCAGACUGUGGACAGAUGUUUUGAGCUGUUCUACACAAACUACUGUUCAUCAUGUUUGAGACCGUGUUCCCUGAACUCUUGUGUAAAUCAGAACUUGUAUACGCAGUGGUUUUAUUUUUGUCCUGUUUGUGUGUUAAUAAAGUGGACAGCACUAGUUGACAAUAAAAUUAAUGCAAAAAAAAGAAAAACUUUAUUUUAUUACAGAGCUUGUUUACCCCAGAGUUUCCUCACGUUUACAGGGGCGUAAUUGGGCAGAAUGUGAAUCUUUUGAAGACUUUAUUUGUUAAAUGUGUGUAUUUGGUUGAAGAUCACUUCACUGACACGAGGUCCCACACAAACACAGCCAUGUUUCUUGCCACUUUGAAUUUCUUGAACAUAAAAUAAACUUCUGACAACUUGAGUUUCA